UCACGAACGGUACGCCUCUGCGCGUUCACGAUGUUCUCGGAUUCUCUCCUGGAAGUGGUGGUUCGAAUGUUUUAGUGCGAGCCUCCAGUUUGAUAGUAAAGUUUACCUAUAAAACUGUCCUUCAACUGGCUGCAAAGGGAAUUUCAGUCAAUGUUUUCUCAUUGUGAAGUACCAUCACAUUUUUUAAGGCAGUCUAGCUUUACUUAAACACGAUAACAGCUGUUUGAACAUUGCCAACGAGCCAUCUCCAGCGGGACUUUUUGAACACACGGACAGCGAGAUUGAGGCGAUAUUAUUUUUUUAUGGGACGUAACGUUGUUGUUCAGGAAACAUUUACCUAACAAGCUUAACGUUAGCUAUAUACAAUAUCUAGCGUCUUUGGUUUGUUUUAUAAUGCGGUGUUUUGGCUCCAAGGGAUCAAGCUGUGUUUCUGCAGCUGGCGUGGAAGACACCAGGAGGAGGAAACUGUGGUGAAAGCGAGAGUGAUAAACCCGAAAAACAUCUCUUCAAACACACCGUGGCAACAGGCCCCUGCACAACACUCCUCGGGGCAAUGAGUCAUUCUAGGCAAAGUCGCUGACCCAUUGCACAGAUGCACUGCAGAGGACAUAAAGAAGAUUAAUUUCACUCACUGGCAACCGAAGGCUUCUCCUGCAGUGAGCCAAUAUCAUGGAGGCAGCAUUGGGGAGUGCAGCUCUAGGACUGCUCGGAGCCACGGCAGCAGCCAGCCAUGACAUCUCUGACAGCGGCCUGAGGCCAGGGCGUCACCCAGAGGAGGAUGACAUAGUGCCUGAGCUGACCCGCCUAGUCUACCCCCGAGAGAGACCUGACUGGGAUGAGACCAUCAGCGCCAUGGCGCGAAGCGCCGAGGUCCCCGAACUGAGCGCCGAGCCCCUCUUGCGCUCCUGCAGCAGCACGGCCAGCAUGAAGGUCAAGAACGUCAAGAAACUGUUCUUCACCAAAGGCCACUUCCCCAUGCUGGCUGAGUGUGCCCACUUCCACUACGAGAAUGUGGACUUUGGCACAAUCCAGUUGUCCCUCGCGGAUGAACAGAGUGAAGUGACACGGAAUGGCUUUGAGUCCAAGGAGCUGCAGUAUUUGGUCCAGAUCUACUGCCAGAGCCGAAGCUGGAUUGUGAAGCGCAGCUAUGAGGAUUUCCGUGUCCUGGACAAGCACCUGCACCUUUGCAUCUAUGACCGCCGCUUCUCGCAGCUGCCUGAGCUGCCUCGAUUCGACAGUCUGAGGGAUCGUGCCGAGGCAGUUUCCCAGAUGCUGAUGGCUUACCUCUCCCGCUUCUCAGCGAUCGCUGACAACAAGAUCAACUGUGGGCCCGCCCUCACGUGGAUGGAGGUUGAUAACAAGGGCAACCACUUACUGGUCCACGAGGAGUCUUCCAUCAAUGUACCCGCCAUCGCCGCCGCCCAUGUCAUCAAACGCUACAUCGCACAGGCCGCCGACGAGCUCUCCUUCGAGGUUGGGGACAUUGUGUCAGUGAUUGACAUGCCCCCCAAAGAGGACACCACAUGGUGGAGGGGCAAGCACGGCUUUCAGGUUGGCUUCUUUCCCAGUGAGUGUGUGGAGCUGAUAAACGACAAGGUGCCGCAGUCCGUCACCAACUCGGUGCCAAAACCAGUGUCUAAGAAGCACGGGAAGCUGAUCACGUUCCUGCGCACCUUCAUGAAGUCCAGGCCCACCAAGCAGAAGCUGAAGCAGCGGGGCAUCCUCCGGGAGAGGGUGUUUGGCUGUGACCUUGGGGAGCACCUCCUCAACUCGGGCCAUGAUGGUGAAACACUCCCUUUCUUUCUCUCUCACAAACACACAGUUCCCCAGGUACUCAAGAGCUGCACAGAGUUCAUUGAGAAGCAUGGCGUGGUGGACGGCAUGUACCGCCUCUCUGGAAUCGCCUCCAACAUCCAGAAACUACGGCAUGAGUUUGACUCAGAGCAGAUCCCCGACCUGACUAAAGACGUGUACAUCCAGGACAUCCACUGUGUAGGCUCCCUGUGCAAGCUCUACUUUCGUGAGCUGCCCAACCCCCUGCUCACCUAUCAGCUCUACGAGAAAUUCUCUGAGGCCGUCUCCGCAGCUACAGAUGAGGAGCGGCUCAUCAAAAUACAUGAUGUCAUCCAGCAGCUGCCGCCGCCGCAUUACAGGACUUUGGAGUUCCUCAUGAGGCACCUGUCCCAUCUGGCCACCUUCAGUUACAUUACCAACAUGCACAGCAAGAACCUGGCCAUCGUCUGGGCCCCCAACCUACUGAGGUCCAAGCAGAUAGAGUCAGCCUGCUUCAGCGGCACGGCAGCCUUCAUGGAGGUCCGCAUCCAGUCGGUGGUGGUGGAGUUCAUACUGAACCACGUAGACGUCCUCUUCAGCCCCAAGCUCAGCUCGCUCAUACGGGAGGGAGCAGGACACAACUCGUUGUCGCGGCCCAAGUCCCUGCUGGUGUCAUCCCCCUCUACCAAGCUGCUGACCCUGGAGGAGGCCCAGGCCCGGACCCAGGCCCAGAUCAACUCCCCCGUCACAGCCGACAGCAAGUACAUUGAGGUGGGGGAGGGCCCUGCAGCCCUGCAGGGCAAGUUCCACACCAUCAUCGAGUUCCCUACUGAGAGAAAGAGGCCCCCAAUCAAGUCCAAGAAGUCUCCGGUGGGCAGCUGGCGCUCCUUCUUCAACCUGGGCAAGUCCUCGUCCAUGUCCAAGCGCAAGCUGCACCGCAACCCCAGCGAACCCAACGAACUCCAGGCCAUGGCAGGAGGCAGAGGGGACACUGGGACACUCCGAUCCUCCAAAAGCGAGGAGUCACUCACCUCGCUACACAACGUUGAAGGAGAGUCGAAGGUGUACCGUCCGCGGCGGCCCCGCUCCAGCAGCGAUGCCCUCUCUGCCUCCUUCAAUGGGGACCUGCUGGACAGCCACAUCUGGCAGCACUGCAACUUCUACGACGACCUUACCCAGGACCACAGCGGGGGCCCCACCCACGACAGAGGGGACAGCAACGGGGACGAGGGGCCCAUCUGCGUGCCCGCCCUCAUUUCGCCUCCGUGUUUGGCCAACGAAGACGUGGACCUUAGCCUCCCCGACAUCGGCAUGGCCUCGUUGGACUUUGACCCCAUGUCGUUCCAGUGCAGCCUGCAUGAUGGCUCUUUCUCCUUCCCCCUCGGGCUGAGUGAUGUAGCCAUGGGCGCGGCGGGUGAGAGCACCAGUCUAAAGAGGAGCCAAGGCAGCAUUGACAAUGGCUCGGUGCCUGUCUCACCCUCCUUCCCGGGGACAUUCACCUUCCCCUUCCUGUCACCCGACCUCAGCCCGGCCACGAGAAAGAAAGCUGAGAGCAAGAAGCUGACCUGCUCCGUUUCUUUUCCAGACAAACCGUUACAGGUUUCCCCUAUAAAGUUUAAGGCGACCAUUCUAGCCAUUUCAGAGCCAUUUGCCAUGGCGUUUCCCAGUAGGCUUACAGAAAACUACGUUGUUCCCCAGCCCCCCCCUCCCUCCUCGGGACAGCCCGGGGAUUCUCCAACAUUAAUGGGCUCAGGGGAGCCGUCGCUGAGUGAGGCCUUCCAGAUGGAGCUGCACUGUAAACUCUCCACCUUCGACAAUGACAUCAACACUGAGAGCCAAGUCUCAACAGAAGAGAGCACUGCCCAGCAACCUUCAGCAACCAGUAGCCAGGAACAGCCAGGAGCCAUAGCUAGUCUGGACUCUCCAAAGGGUACCCCUAGCCCUCUCAGCUCCCCCUCCGUGUCCCCUCUUCCUCCCUUGCCCCCUCAGAAGAACUCUGCCCACAUGCUGGCCCUGGCAGAGUCCGCCCAACACUAUUCCAUCCUGACCCAGAGGUCCUCCCAGACCCAGUCCCCCAUCAGGUCCAAGGUGCCCUCACACUCCCUUGACUGGACCCCUCCCACAGCCCUGUUCCCCCAGACUUCCCUCAAGAAGGGACCCAGAACAGGAGCAGCCCAGAACCCAACCCUAAGCACCACCACCCCAAACAUCGCCCCUUCUUCCUCUCUCCCUCCCACCACCCCUACUGACAAACAGCCAAGCCAGUCAGCCAGCCAUCAGUCAAUCAGUACGUCCACCAGUGCUAAGUCCCCCUCCACUCCUCCCAGAGCCAGACAGGAUAUAGAUUUCACCCCACCAGCAUCCCCCCACCACCCGUGUAUCACCACUCCCUCCAGACCUCCUGCCCAUGUGUCCCCCACUCGGAGGAGUCCAGAGAGGCAGCAGCCCGCCGUGGGCCAGGUAGCGGUCAGCAGCACUGGAUCCUCCACCACCACUCCCAGCAGCAAGGAGAUGGAUGUCCUGCCACAGCCUGCUCCUGAGGUCCAUGUAAAUGAUAGCGUCUGGUCGCCAACUCUUCCGAAACCUUUGGAGCAGCCAGUGGCAGUUCUGCAGCCUCAGCCUCCGCCUAAAUCACAGCCUCAUAUACAGUCACAGCCCCAUCCCCAGCCUAACACCAGAGUGGCCCCCACCCCAGCCGAGCAAGUGGAGAGACCAUGGGAGGCCAUAAAGCCAGUAGAGCCCCGCAUGGAGCCUGCGACCCGCCAUCAUGCCCAUGGGCCAACACCGCCAACGCCUCCCGUCCGCUCCAUCGAGAGCAAACUGGCAACCGCUGUGCUCAGCCACACAGAGGCUGCCAACCCUGCCAUCUUCCACAACAUCCUGGCAGAGGCCUCCACUCCUGAAGAGGCCCUCACCCAUCCUCCCCCUCCCACGCUAAAGUCUUCCACCCACCAGUCAGCCUACCUCUACCACACCAAGGGAGAGGCUGCCUUACUGGAGCCUCCUAAGGAGGCCUACUACCACCAACGGGCCAUUCCCGUGGGGAAACCUUCAUACCACUACCGGUCAGACAGUGUUCCGUCACACCUCUCCUACGUGUCCAAGUCGGAGCCUCAGAUACCUUACAGUACCCGCACGGACCACCGCUACAACACCCAUGCUCACUCCAGGUUCUACCACCAGUCUAUGAAGCACCGCGGGCCCCCCAGGAGGGGCGAGUACAUCUCCCCCAGCCCGGGCUAUGGUCCCAUGGAGGGAGCCCCAGUCUACCCCGCCAUCCGCAGGGUGCACUCGCUACACGUGCCCUCAACCAUUCGUUCAGUGCCCAUCCAGCGGACCGAGGUUCCUCCGGACGACGAGCUCUUGUACUACCAGCGGCCCUUCUACCAGUGCAAGGCCUAUCAGCAGCAGCCGCAACAGUUCUCUCAGGCCGACUACCACGUCACCCAGCUCCAGCCUUACUUUGAGAAUGGCCGGGUGCAGUACCGUUACGGCCCCUAUUCGCCUGGCGCCAACCCGCUGGACGCCCCUUACUACGAUGUGGACCCCUAUGGGACCAUCCGGCCGCGGCACUUACACUCGUUCAGCAGCCGGGACCUGGGGCCCACCCUCAGCCGGUCGGGGGGCAAGGCGGGCGGCUACCACUACCUGUCCCGCCCUGUCCUUCCACCUGGAAAGGAGCAAAGCUUGUUCAGCAGAGAUGUGCCUCCGGGCCACAGCUCCAAGGGAGCCGCCUUCUACUUUGCUUGGGACCCCGAGGAGUCGGAAAUGCUCCGGAUGCAUUCCAUCCGCAGGGAGAGCCGGGCAAGGCAGAAGGUCAGGGGUCCUGUCAUGUCUCAGUAUGACAACUUAGGCCUGUUCAUGCCUGGCGACCUGGGGGGGUACGAAACCCUACACCUGCGCAGUAAGUCAGACCCCAGCAGAUCCGUGCUGAUGUCUGCCGAGAGUAAAGAUGGGUGUUACGGCGUACCGCCAGGCUCCCAGCACGCUCCCCGACACUUGGUGUUAGACCCUGACGUCCUCAUGUACAUGGAGACAGAGAACCACUGUCAGGGUACCGCCACUGGGGACAAACAAAGAAGCUCCAGGACCUGCCAGGCCUCCCACUCGCACCAAGUCCAACACCCACCCCGCAACCAGUCCCAUCAGCAGGACCCCAGUCGACACGACCCAGGGGACGGAGCUCGGAGCUUCCAACCUCGCUACCAACUGUCCGAUCUAGACCGGCAUCCGAACAGGGCCAAAACACCCGUUGGUUACCAGGACAAAGAUGACCAGCAACAACAGUCGGCCCCCGUCAAAGCGCAGGCCCCUCCCAAGCCUGAGCGGUCGCAAUGCGUCCGAGAGCAGCAGCAGCACUACAGCCAAGCCGCCAUGCCCAAGUCAGACAGAGAAUACUCAUACCAGCCCCACGGUGGGCAGCAGAGACACUGCACCAUGACGGUACAGUCCCACUACGACAACAUGGAUGACUACCACCCGGCAGCAUUACCUCAGCCACAGGCCCCCAUGCAAAACCCCUGUGGGGGCUCCUCGGGCUCUUUCCCCACCAACCCUGGCUUCACGGCCAGCCACAGCAACAGAGCGUACUCUACUGCCUUGGGCCAGGGUGCCUUCAUCCCAGCUGAACUGGCCCUGCAGAGGCCCGAGACAGAAAUACAUGCAGAAUGAAGAAGAGACUUGAGAAAAAUGUGUCAAACAAACUUUUGCCCGGGUUUUAGGAAGCAAAUAAGUGACUCAACUGGAGACUCAAAGUUCCACAGCCUCUGCAGCACAGCCUCUGCAGCACAGCCUCUGCGGGACAGCCUCUGCAGGACAGCCUCUGCAGGACAGCCUCUGCAGGACAGCCUCUGCAGGACAGCCUCUGCAGCACAGCCUCUGCAGCACAGCCUCUGCAGCACAGCCUCUGCAGGACAGUGGACUGUUGUUGGACCGUUUCACAUUAUUUUUCUUCCCUGUAUUUUUUAUGAAUUGUAAAAAUCUAAUUAUAAGAUACUUUUUACAGAAUGUACUGAAUUAACCAUAAUUUCUUCAAUUGUUCUAAGAAGCCAUGUGGUCAUGACUCAUUGAAAUGGUGGCAGAUCAUAGAAAUGUUUAUGAUAUUAUAAACAAAAGGAAUGUGAAACCAGAAUUGCAAACAAUGUUUUAAAAAAAAUGUUUGAUUUCCAGCAUAACAGGAAUGACGGUUUGCAUUUUAGAAAUGCAUGUACUCUUCAAUCACUUACAGAACAGUUCUAUGUACCACUGUAUCCAUUGUACUUUCUGGAUGUUACAGUACAAGUUGUUGUGGGAGAAAAUCUGUUUAAAUCAUCGUGCCCUCCCUCCUGUCUCUGUGUACUCAUGGCGGUGCAAUAUGUUUCAGUCUUCAAAAAUCUCUGAAUUGGGGUCGGGCCCAAGAGUACUAGAACUACACUGGGUACUUUCACCUAGUACAGUAGGGUUAUGUUCAUAUUUUAUUUGCUCUGUGACUGUGCCAUUCUUAGAUUUUAUGUAUUUUUGCUAUAAAGCAGAGUGAAUUUAAAUAUAAUGGAUUUUUUUGGUACAGAGGCUUGUUCUUCAUUGUAAGAGGGACAAAACAUUUUGUCAGUCUUUUUGAUCGUGAAAGCAUUCCUGCUCAUGUAUGGGCUAACGACUGGUUAUGAGAAUGACAAUGUUACCUGGGGAGCUGUAAAAUAAUAAUUAUUUUACAAUGUGUUUUGUUUUGUAGUCUUGUUUUUUUCUGCCAAUUGCAAAGAACUUCAAUGGACUAACUUAAUAAAGUUAUGAAAAAUG